GUUUUGUGUGUGUUUUUACGUACCCCUUUAAAGGAGGUGGCCUCGUCCAGCCGGUUUGUUGUGGGAAGUGAGUCUCCUUUUGUGUGACCAGCACGCAGCUUCACAAAGUGUUUCACGCUGUCACAAAGUGUCUGAACGAGCUCAGACUUCAGCAUUACAGUAACUUAAGGACCGUGUGCUGUGUUCGCUGACACAGAAGAGAAAUACAGAGUUUACCCCCGGUGUCUUCCUGUAUUCUUGGCAGCAGUUGUUCCGGACUAUGAAAAGCUAGUUACAAGCUACGAGCAGGUUAAAGCUGGUCCAUAUAGCCUGGACCCAGAGGUCUCCUGUCCCAGGUCCAGAGCCGCGAGUCUGGGGAGGUUUCUGUCAUGUCCAACUCGGUCCAGACCACCUCAGACGGUCUUUGUAAACUUGUCCGCUGGGCUCACAGUCAUGGCACCAUCUGCGACCUCAUCCCCAGCCUGCAGCACUUUACCUGUGGUUCUUACAAUAACAUGCUGACACCAGAACCUGGUCCCAAUGGAAGCAGCGUCCCUGUUGCUGUGUGGGGUUGCAGCGCAGGACAUGCCUACCAUUGGCCCCUCAGUGACCAUGGCAACAGCAACAGAGGCUCAGCAAGUACCAGCCAGGGCCAAGAGAAGUUUGUUGGAGGGCAUCCGUCAAAUAAAGUGACAGUGAGGGCAUCAAGCGACCUCUCCUUUAGUGAAGGAGCAUCUGAGGGAGACGAGUUCAGCAGCCGGCUGUUUGACAUGGCUGGAUGCGACUCGUCGGCUACAGACGAUGAUGGUGACUACGAGCCCCGUCCAUCAUCCAGGAAAAGAGGCGGGUUGUCAGGAGGAACAUUUGCCAGGAAGAAGGUCAAGCAGGAAGAAGAGGAUUUUGACACUGCUGCUAACAUAGAUAGCACAGUACUAGCUGUGACAGACGCUAUUAGUGUUCCCCAGGCAGCAAACACACAGUCUCAAAUCGUACACACACUCCCGCCGUGCCCUCAGCCCCAGAAUGGACAGGAUCCUGGGUGUGGGGUGGGAUUAGUGGACCCACAGAUGGAGCUGCUGGGAGAAGGCGGCUGCAUGACAGGGACAAAAGAGCAGGCCGAGGGAUGCAGCUCCGCCACAGAGAUGGCUGCAGGGGGUCAGAACGAGCUGGAGAAGCUGCAAGCGUUGCUUUGUGCAGAACGCAGCCGCAACCAGCAGAUGACACAGAUAAUCUCCAGCCUGAAGCAAGACAAACAGCUGCUGCAGAAUGAACUCACUAAAAAAGCAGAGCUCAUCUGUGACUUCCUGCAGGACAGACUGCGGCCAGAGAAGAAGUGGCCUCAUUGCUCUAAUCAGAUGGACCCGGGAAGUUCACAGAUAACACUUCCUGACGACAUGGCAGGAUCUGAUUCGCUGACACUCUUUGACUCAUUUGAGGAAACAGAGUCUCACUCUCUGAAGGGCCACCGGACCCCGAAGAGCAAGAGGUCCCGGGAUGGAGAAAACACCCGAGUCAGGAUGAAAAACGUGGUGGGUGUGAUAGCACGCUACAUGACGGCCCUCCAAGAGUUUCGUCACGGCGUUUCCAUGAAGGUAGCCUUUGAACGGGUCGGUGUGGACCGCAACACUAUCUCCCGUACGGCGUCCAUAGCUGAGCUCAGCCUGGCUGCUCCGGAGGUGUUUCACGCACUGGCACCGUGGGAUGAAAAGGAGGAGACGCUGGCACAUUAUGCCCACCGCUGCCGACAGGCAAUGGACGACAACAUUAAGGCUAAGAUCAAAACGAUGAAGGCAAAAGGUGAACUGCUGCCAAUUGUGUCAAAGUGACAGACACAGAUACAGUUUGCUGACUGAAUCAGAAGCCUACACUGCACACUUCAAGGGGAUUGUGAUGCAGUCAUGGCAGCUCAGAAUUUGUUACACUUCCAAUAUAUGAAAACAAAAACAAGAAAAAUAUGUAUAUAUGUAUAAUGAGUAAUUGGUUAAUCCUGUGGUAGAUCUUGUAAGAGACUUUUUUUUGUAUUCAAGAUUCAGUGACUCAAAAAUUGUUUUUCAUGCACGGCAAUGUAGAGCAUUUACUCUGAUGCAUGUGUUGUUUUGUGAGCUGCUGACCACUGUUUUACAAUAAACCACUAAAAACAAUGAGCAUUAUGAAGUUAAGCAAGUGUUUUUUUUUUCCAAGAGGAAAAACAAUAUAAAAUAAUAUGCCUUCAUCCACAGGAACAGUGUGCAAUAGAAAAUCCAAUUUCAGGCACUCAAGUGGAAGAUUAAAAUAAAAAAAGCCUUUCACAAAUAUAGCCUUUAAAAACAGACUUCUGUUCAUGUUUAUGCUGAUCAUGAAUAAUGUGAACAUAGCCAUAGACUAUGUAUUUACACAUUCUGCCCGCUGUUUUAUAUUUGCAAAAAAUAAAAACUGAAAUUCAAUAAGAUAUGUCCAAUUGAAUUUAACAACUUUAUUAUGCAAAUAUUGAUACAAAUCAAUUACAAAUGUAAAAUACCUGACAAAAUGUGCAUUUUAUGGAAAGCUGUGUGAUACAUGUCAUGAAUGGCAACAGAGCAAGAUUUACAGUGUUUCUGUAGAGUGUGUUUUUAGCCCUUGGAUGACUUUACAGGAUGUUUUACAUCUAUUUGGAACCUUCUUCAGACUGUUUUGAAAGCUUUCCUAAAUUCAGCAGCCAGCUUGUUAGUCUGGAAAAUGUAAAAAUGAAACAUUCCCCUGAGAUAGUUUAUAACGUGACAAACAACUGUCCAUUAAUCACAGAUUUAAAAAGAGCAAAGUGGGAGAGACGUGGGUCCGAUGUGCACGUGUGUUGUUUCAAAACCUUGUCUCACAGCGGGCAGCAGGAAGGGGACAAGAGGUAAAAAAAAAAA